UAAGGAAAACACAAAACAAAAUGUAUACAUUGUUACAUGGAUUUUACAAAUAUUUAACACAAAAAGAUGAAUACUGUGUGGUAAUCUUGGGCCUGGAUAAUGCUGGCAAAACGACUUAUCUGGAGGCGGCUAAAACGAAAUUCACCAAGAAUUACAAGGGUUUAAAUCCGACCAAAAUAACAACCACAGUUGGCCUCAACAUUGGUACAAUCGAUGUGCUUGGCGUUCGCCUGAAUUUCUGGGAUUUGGGCGGACAACAAGAGUUGCAAUCAUUGUGGGAUAAAUAUUACCAGGAAUCUCAUGGUGUUAUCUAUGUGAUAGACUCAAACGAUCGAGAGCGCAUGGACGAGUCGAAAAUAAUAUUUGAUAAGAUGAUUAAGAAUGACCUGCUGUCUGGCGUGCCGCUGCUCAUAUUGGCCAAUAAACAAGAUCUACCUGAUGUGAUGGGAGUUCGUGAGAUCAAGCCAGUAUUUCAACAAGCGGGUGCAUUGAUUGGACAACGCGAUUGCCUUACAAUACCCGUAUCUGCACUUAAUGGUGAAGGUGUCGAUGAGGGGAUCAAAUGGCUGGUGGAAGCCAUCAAAAGACAUUCCAUAGUACGACCGCCUCGUGAAAAUGAUUGAUUGUAUCAUUUUCUCCCCCAAUAAUACGUUUACCUUACCUAAGCAUUUUCUAGUUUCUUGUAAAUUCUUAUUAACAAUAAUUAGAUAGAACCUAUGUACAUACAUAUAUUUAAACAAAUAAGAGAGAAGUUAUAUGUAUACAUCUAUAUAAAA